AUGGCAGCAGAUAACAAUAACAGCACGGCACCGGAAAUCGCGAAAAUCGGUCUGUUAUCCACCACCGCCGUUGUCCCCGCCGAACCGUGGAUCUAUGCCCCUUGCACCCGGCUGUCAAUUCCUGUCUACCGGCCAGUACCAGCCCCGGUCCGAGUGAAAGUCAAGGGGUCAAGUCCGGGACAGCAGUCUGGCAGUGAACAGACUGCCCAGAGCCAGACCGGCAAUGAAGAUCAGGACACCCCCCAGCCCACGGAACCCACGGAGCGCAUGGAGGCGGACGCCAGCGCCGGGAAGCUGCUGAUCUGCAACACACACACACACACACAUGUAAAGGAGGAGACACACACCCAUCCUCCGUGCUCCCGGAUCCAGCCCAGCAAGUUGGUCCUGAAGAAGUCCACGGUCCACUGCAGGAGCUCCCGCACGCUCUGA